UUAGAGGACAGAUUUUUUUUUUUUUUUUCCGCUGAAAACGGGCAUUGCCGUUCAAAACCUUUAAAAAACCUGCCCCCCAAACCGAAAUCCCCCUCCUUCCACGGUUCGGGGAAUUCCGAUUGCCUUAUUGCCAAGAUCAAAUUUUUACCCUUCUUCUCUCCUGGAGAUGGAGGAGAAAGCUGCCAGAUCGACGGCGGAGAUCGGGUUCGUGAUCGAGGUGGACGCGGCGGCGGCGAUGAUGAAGGAAUGGGGGGUCGCCACCGCGCCGGAGCUGCUGGUGGCGCUGGUCCCAUCCGCCCUGAGGAUGGCUCGGCCGCCCAUCUCGAACUUCCCCGUGGGGGCCGUCGGACUGGGGGAGAGCGGCCGGAUUUACGUCGGGGUGAACAUGGAGUUCCCCGGGCUGCCGCUCCACCACUCCAUCCACGCCGAGCAGUUCCUGGUCACCAACGCCGCCGUCCACGGCGAGACCGGGAUCCGGUGCAUCGCCGUCUCCUCCGCCCCAUGCGGCCACUGCCGCCAGUUCCUCCAGGAGCUCCGCCGGGCGGCGGAUAUCCAGAUCCUCGUCACGUCCGACGGCCCUGGUUCCGCCUUCCUCCCCCUCUCCUCCUUCCUCCCCCGCCCCUUCGGCCCCCCCGAUCUCCUCCACAAGGACCAUCCCCUCCUUCUCGAGCCCCACGACAACAAGAUCGCCCUUCUAGACGACGACGAGGAUGCCAAGGCCCCCGCCGGCGGGGGGAUCUGUAACGGGAUCGGGGGAGAUUUGGAGGAGCGGCUGAGGGCGGCGGCGGAGGGAGCGGCGAGGGCGUCGCACGCGCCCUACAGCAAGUGCCCGGCGGGGUUCGCGGUGGCGGACGGGGAGGGGAGGGUGUACGCGGGGUCGUACGAGGAGUCGGCGGCGUACAACCCGAGCCUGGGGCCGGUACAGGCGGCGGCGGUGGCGUACGUGGCGGCGGGCUGCGGCGGUGGGGGAGCAGGGAAGGGGUACGGGUUCGUGGCGGCGGCGCUGGCGGAGGCGGAGGGGGUGCCGGUGUCGCACGAAGCGACGGCAAGGGUCUUCCUGGCGGUGGUGGCGCCGCGGGCCCACCUCAAGGUCUACCGGUUCCACUCCUCCGCCGCCACCUAGACAGCGGUUACUCGACGCCGGGUCCGUUUCCCUCCGGAGAAACGGACGGAAAAUGGACAGCUGUGAUCAACUGAAUUAUAAUCAAGCGGUUCCAGAUGUUCCGCUGUUCCAUCGAUAUCAAUAAAAUCUGGGCUUAAUCUCUCUCUA